CUUGUUUGUUUGCAACAAUCACCUUAAUUGAGCAACAACACCGACCAACAAAAACACUCGAAAGCAACAAAAAAAAAGAAACAAAUUCUAUUUAUGAGACACUAAAUAAAGAUGAACAGAAAAUCAUCAUCAAGCCCCAUCACAAUGACAGAAGAUAAUAGAGAGAUUUAGUUGAAAUUCAAACGCUAACGGGAGCACUUUGAAGUCGGCAUUAGGACGAGUGCUAAAAAAAUGUUGUGGUUAAUUUUGAAUUUAAUUUUAAUCUCCGUAUUUAAUUUUAAUGCAGGAGAAAAAAUAUAUGCAACGGAUGAUACCAGAAAUGCUUUACUAAAAGAUAUUUUAAAUAAUUAUCAGCCAUCAGCUAGACCUGCUCAUGCUAAUGAAACUAUUAUGUUAUUUGUAAAUAUUGAAAUACAACAUUUUGAUUAUCGCGAAAAAGAUGGAGCGUUUCAUUUAGUAGGAUUGCUUCAGGUGAAAUGGCGUGAUCCUAAAUUAGUGUGGAAUCCUCAAAGUUAUGGCAAUAUGAGUCAUAUAUUAAUAAGUCAAAGAUACAUAUGGGUGCCCGAUUUGGAAUUCUACAACAAUGCUCCCGAUAAAUUUAUCCGAAUGCAUCGUAAUGGUUUUGUAACGGUCAAAAAUGACGGCGUGGUAUUCUGGAGUGAUUCUAUAGAUGUUAAUGUGUUCUGUACUGCUGACAUGAAAAACUGGCCACAUGAUAAACAUGAAUGCAACAUAAUUUUAGGUUCAUGGACAUUCGAUGGUUUCGAAGUGGAUAUAAUGCAUUUAGAACCGAAUUCUAGUAUGACGUUCAGUUCCAUUGAUAUGAAAAAUAUGGAAUAUAAAAUUACUUCAUUUAGUGGAAACCAUACCAGUAAAUAUUAUUCCUGUUGUCUACAACCAUACGUAACAAUGGACUAUGAUAUAACUUUUCAACGACAGUCCUCAUAUGUGGUAAUAUUUCGGAUGCCUGCUUUAAUCAUAAUACUCUUCACAUUGAUUGGUUUGAGAAUGGAACCGAAUAGAAAGGAAAAACUAUGGUUAAAUGGCUUAAGUUUAAUACUAAUAUCAUGGCAAUUAAUAUAUUUUGCCAAAAAUAUUGCACACUUCCAUGGAACGCCUUACAUAGUGAUCUUCUUUAGUACAAGCCUAGUUAUGGUCACCUUAGCACAACUAUUAGCUGUAUUUUCACUUUAUGCCAGCCUUUCAAAUUUUAAAGGUUACCUACCGGUUUUUAUAGAAAUAUUUUUAAAUUUCUCUUUUACCAGAUAUUUGGUACCGAUUGAAACUAAAAAUACAGAUCAUUCGGAAGCGAAUGGUCAGUUUGAGGAGGUUAAAUUGGACGAUACUUCAAAUUUAAUUGAUCGAAAUUUAUCUACGAAUGAUUGGUUAAGAUUUGCCAAAGUAUUAAAUAUUUUAGCAUUUUUAUCGUUUAGUUUUAUAUUUUUAGUUUUAUCAUCAGUGUGUUUUGUUUAAUAAUAAUAUUUUAAAAAUAAUAUUACAAUAUUAAAUAUAAAAAUAAAG